ACCCCCAAGCUGCCACUGCAGCAGUAACAGUGGCAGCCGGAGGCUCAGUCUAUGCCGUGCCACCUGAUUGCUGCUGGUGAGGCUGAGCAAGAGGUCUUUGCAUCUCAGCACCUUGGAGAACGGAGCAGGAGUGGCGUCACAGUAGAGGACCAUGUUGCGGCGCAAACCCUCCAACGCCAGUGACAAGGAGCCCACUCAGAAGAAAAAGCUUUCACUGCAGCGCUCCAGCAGCUUCAAGGAUUUUGGCAAAUCCAAGCCCAGCUCCCCUGUGGUGAGCGAGAAGGAAUUUAACCUGGAUGAUAAUAUUCCAGAAGAUGACUCAGGUGUUCUUACCCCAGAGGACUCUGGGAAGAGUGGCAAAAAGUUGGGAAAGAAGUGGAGGGCAGUCAUUUCCCGAACCAUGAACAGGAAGAUGGGCAAGAUGAUGGUGAAGGCCCUGUCAGAGGAGAUGGGAGACACACUGGAGGAGGGCUCAGCCUCCCCAACAUCUCCAGACUGCAGCCUGGACAGCCCUGGUCCUGAGAAGAUGGCCCUAUCCUUUUCUGAGCAGGAGCAGCGUGAACUGGCAGCACUCAGCCGCCAGACCUCAACAGGCAGUGAACUCUGUAGCCCCGGCCCAGGCUCUGGAAGCUUCAUGGAGGACUCGCCUGCUCCCCAGUACACAGGGCCUUUCUGUGGGCGUGCUCGGGUCCACACUGACUUCACUCCCAGCCCUUAUGAUCAUGACUCACUGAAACUGCAGAAAGGAGAUGUGAUCCAGAUCAUAGAAAAGCCACCUGUGGGCACAUGGCUGGGCCUUCUCAAUGGCAAGCUGGGCUCUUUCAAAUUCAUCUAUGUGGACGUGCUGCCUGAGGAGGCUGUGGGGCCUGUGCGCCCCAGCCGCCGACAGAGCAAAGGCAAGAGGCCCAAGCCCAAGACUCUGCAUGAACUGCUGGAACGCAUCGGCCUGGAGGAGCACACAUCCACCCUGCUGCUCAAUGGCUACCAGACACUGGAAGACUUCAAAGAGCUGAGGGAAACACACCUCAAUGAGCUGAACAUCACGGACCCACAGCACCGGGCCAAGCUGCUCACGGCUGCAGAGCUGCUGCUGGACUAUGACACUGGCAGUGAAGAGGCCGAAGAGGGUGCUGAGAGCAGCCAGGAGCCUGGGUUGCAUACAGUGUCAGAACCCAAGGUGGACAUCCCACGUGACUCUGGCUGCUUUGAGGGCUCUGAGAGCGGGCGUGAUGAAUCAGAGCUGGCAGGCACAGAGGAGCAGCUGCAGGGUCUCUCCCUGGCGGGGGCACCUUGAAAUGAAGAUGGCAAAGGCCAAGGCUGAGCCCUAGCUGCAGAGACUGCAGGCAUGGGUGUGGCCUCCCACAAUGGCUCAGGAUCAGAGGACUGGUACAGAAUCUGGCCCUGCUUCACCAGGGAGGCUUAUGGCUGAAGGCCCUGCCAGGGUGCUACAGUGCUACAGGCUCAAAUAGAGUGGAUAAGGGACUGCCCAAAGGCAUUUCUCACCUUCUGGACCCUCUCCCUCCACCAGUGACUGACAGUAUGGGCCCUUCUGGCACCUCCCAUUCUCCCAUUAUGGCCAUGCAAGUGGGGCAUCAAGGGACCUAGCCAUGCCCCAAGACCAAGACACCCCAAAUCUUCUUACUCUCACACCACUGCCACACUGCUAGAAGAACACCAAACUACUAUUUCAAACCAGUCUCAUAGCCCUGGGGAAGCUGUCUGUUUCAAAGGACCUCAGUUGGAUGCAGGUGAAUCUAGAAUUCCUUAAGUGAGGUUUGAAGGAAGCUACACAUAUUAUUCCUGCUAUCCUCAACAUUUUAAAGGUCUGAUCACUAAGUCACCAUGAGACUUGAACUAGCCUGGUCAAGAUUCAAAUGGGCAGUUUUGAGGACCCCCUCGCUGACAUUCUGCACCUUUAAAUAUGUACUCUCCAGUUGCCUACCAUCCAAGACACCAGUGGGCUUCUUGAGGAGGCUGGAGGGGCCUCAGGCUUUCCAAUGAACUAGCUUCUUCUUCUCAUCCACAUCAUACCUUCCCAUGUGACUCAAACUGAAUGGCACCUUCCAGCUUAAAACAAUGCCCAGAUCUCAUAUAAGUGUUCACACUGGUUCCUUGGCCCCUUCAAGUGAGAUUUUCCACAGGCUGGUUGAAGAUGGCUACACCUGGCUUCCAAUGACACAAGUGCCUCUUUGGGGCCCAGAUUUGGUCAUUUAUGUGGAUCUUCUUUUGCUUGCCAUUGGAGGCUCCACUAUUCCCAACAUUGCCCUGCUAAAGUUUUUUUUUUUUAGUACCCUAGCUCCAAAGGGUGGGGAGAUCAUCACAUCUGUUACUGGCCCGCCUUGACUUCAGUAGCAAGAGCAGCUCUUCCUGAUGCAGGGUCAACUGUGCCCAUCACAGGUGGGACUACCUGCUUAGUAAGUGGGCAUGCUUCUGAUCUUCUGCCAGGAACUUCGGUAAAAUCUAGUGUCGAUGAAGCGGUUGAAUUAUUGUAAAUAGGGGUUAUGGGGGAAAGACAUUA